CCCUGGAACUUCUGAACCGUUGUGGAAGCAUGGCAGGAAAGUGGGGCCCAGUACGGGGAGGGCGAGGGGGUGGAAUAGUAACGUCACUGCUACGUGGUACGGAAUUUUUGUUUACGGUACCUUGUACGCUCUCCUUUGGUAGACCCUGCUGAUGGACCGGGACUUUUGGGGCCUUACACAUAACAGGUUGCAGAUAGGGAGGGUGGUGGAAGUUCGUAAGCAUCCCUUUUCAUUUGGAAGAGGGACAGGCCAUAGCUUCACCAUGCAGAGCUGAGGUGUAGGUUGCCUUUUAGCGGGUUAUGAGGGAAGGCAGGUUUUGAUGUGGCAGGUGAACAGGGGUGAGGAACGGAGCUUGAAGAAAGGUGGCCUGCAGGUAAGGGGAGUCAUCGAGUUUCAUCUCAUACAGAGCAGUGGUGCCGGGCUUGGACUUAGGAGGAACUGCUUCGGUCUUGUGUGUGCUCCAUAGAAGCCCGGUCAAGUUUAUUUAAUGUUAGUGUGCAUCAGAUGAUUUGAGGACCUCUGAUGAAAAGAACCUGUGGAAAAUAUCUUGUUUAAAUUUUAAUUUCUUGGGUUUUCUCCUGUACUUCUGUUUUUAUUAAAAAUAACUGGAAGGGAAGUGCUAAGAAGUAGUCUUGGUUCUAUUAAGAGCCAGAAUUGUUUCUGUGAAAGGAAAGAUGACGAAUCACACUUUUUGGAAGAGGUAUUGUCCAGCUUAUUUACCCAGUGGAAAGAGGAUUUGUUCUAGAUGUGUUCUGGCAAAUAAUAGCAGUAAUCCAGCAGAAAAGGGUAGACUGUUGCAAACUAAACCAACAAGUGUGCCUGUUUACCUCAUCUGCUGAACAGUCAUUUGGUAGAAUGGCCCAGGAGUUUUUGAACCCUCUUUUCACAGCUGAAAUAGGGUUGGUUUUUUUUUUUUUUAAACUAACUGUAUUUAAAUGAAAUAGUUCGUUUUGAGACUGUAGGCUUUGAUCUGCCAUUUUAUGGAAAGCGAUGCUUUAGGAUGUAGUCUCCGUGGUAGGACUGAUGGCCUGGUGGGGAAAGCUGAGGGUAGUAGUCGUGACACUGAUUAUUGUCUUGGCCCUGUCAUUUAUCUUCUGUGAGUCCUCAAGCAACUGAACUCCCACCUCAGUUUCCUCUCUGCAGAGUCUUCCUGGCUUCCCACCUCACAGACCAUCCAGGUUAAGUAAUUGAGUUAGAGACAUCAUAUGCUCUCUAAUAGUUUUUUGUAAAAUUGAAGUCUGAACAGUAGCUUCCUGUAUGGUAGUUUUCUGUGGUAAGAUGUGGAAAUGACGUUCUUCAGAGGGAAAUCUGAAUAUGAAGAUAAUGAAUGGAGAACUCCUGGUGAUGCUUCCCCACUCAGCCAUGUCAGAAAAUGCUUAUUCAUUCCCUUCUUCAUCUUUUUUUGUUUUCUGAAAAGAACCAGCUGAAAAUGUCUCAGAAUCCUGACAAGCCACAUUCAAGUGAAGAAAAGUUGAGUGGUUUGGAGGAUGGCCAAGUGGAGAGCUUGGACAACCCGGAUCGAUCUAUCAGAAAAAGAAUACAACAGAGUGCUUCAGGGUCACACAGAGAUGAUACUCCAAAGGCUAGUCCUCCUCGGCCUGUGUCAAUAGAAGAGCUCAUGGAAACAGCUAAGGGAGUAACCAACAUGGCCUUAGCACACGAAAUCGUUGUUAAUGGAGACUUCCAGAUAAAACCAGCUGAAUUACCAGAACACAGCUUAGAAAAAAAAGUAAGAGAUAUUGUGCAUAAAGCUUUCUGGGAUUGUCUGGAAGCUCAGCUAAAGGAAGAUCCACCAACAUAUGACCAUGCAAUUAAACUAUUGGGAGAAAUUAAAGAGAAUCUCCUGUCAUUCUUGUUGCCUGGUCAUACUAGACUGAGAAGCCAGAUUACAGAAGUUCUUGAUCUGGACUUGAUAAAACAGGAGGCAGAGAAUGGGGCCCUUGACAUUUCUAAGCUGGUCGAAUUUGUUAUUGGGAUGAUGGGGACUCUCUGUGCUCCAGCUCGAGAUGAAGAAAUUAAGAAACUGAAAGAUAUUAAUGGAAUAGUUCCUCUGUUCAGAGCAAUUUUCUCUGUGUUAGACCUAAUGAAAAUGGAUAUGGCAAACUUCGCUGUCAGUAGUAUUAGGCCAAAAUUAAUGCAGCAGUCUGCUGAAUAUGAAAGAAAGAAGUUUCAGGAGUUUCUUGAGAAACAGCCAAAUUCUUUAGACCUUGUCACAAGCUGGUUGCAAGAAGCAGCAGAUGAUCUCGCAAAGCUGAGAUGUGAAAUGUUGGCUCCCCACUGUAGCGAUGGUGCCACUGGUGGAGCUUCUGCCUUGUGCUCCACGGCUGUACAAAAUCACGCCUAUCUGAAGCUCCUGAAGUGGGAUCAUAUAAACAGGCCUUUUCCAGAAACAGUGCUAAUGGACCAGACCCGCUUUCAGGAAAUCCAGCUGGAGCUGGAGCAGCUCCUCUUGACUGGGACUGUCCUUCUGGUCACGUUCAGUGCGGCAGGCUCGGCACUCGUUGAUAUGCCUGGAUUUGCUGAGAAAAUCAAAACCAUUGUCAAGGUGCUGCUGACAGGAAUGCAUCUUCCCUCCUUUAACCUGCAGGAAUCUUUGGCUACCAUUGGUGAAAAGGUGUGUGCUGAAGUUAACAGCUGCCUUUCCCAGCACGGGUUUACACCGUUCUCAGCUGAGAGAGAGACUGGACUUAAAGGGCAAAUCCAAGCAGUGGCCAAUCCGGAUAACACCAUAUGCAAGCUGAUAGAUUCUCGAAUUGAAAAGUUUCUGGAGAACUACCUUGCAUCUAGUCACCAGAAAUCAUUACCUGCUAUUCCUGGAGGAUUAGGCCCUAUUCAGAGAGAGCUGGAAGAGAUUGCUGUCAAGUAUGUUCGUCUUGUCAACUACAACAAAAUGGUCUUCAGCCCUUACUAUGAUGCAGUCCUUGGCAAAAUACUGACUAAGGAAGAAUCCCAACUUGUAGGGAAGUCCGAAGAAUCAUAAAACCAGUUUGUGUGCUACCACUAUGGUAUUGUCAGCUAUUUUAAAAAAUUGCACCAAUAUUGUCUAGGAAAACAGCUUUCCAUGUAAAUACUGGUUCCUUUUAAUUCACUAGUGAUGAUUGUUGAGGAAAAUACAUGAGAUGCAAAAGGGGUUCUGAAAUGAACGAUGAGAGAGAUAUGCAUUUUUAAUGUAAGUAUGCAACCUGGGGGGGGGGUGUCUUGGUAGUUUUCUGGCUGCAAUUUUUAGAUUCUUGAGCUGAUGGUAGGUAGGACAAAUUUAAGAACCAAACUUUGCAUUUAAGUAGCUCAUUUUAGGGCAUUUUACUCUAAUUUACUGUGAAUUUAGUUUAAUUAAUCCAGAGCAGAUUAGCAAUGGUCCUUCCCAGAAGGGGUGAUUUGGCUUUAAAAAAAAGACUUAAGAAGAAAAGCUAAAAUUCUAGAUAAGAGAAACUUUAACAGGCAAAAAACAAAGCCAAACAGCACUUUAUUGUAACAUUAUGGUUAGUAUGGUAGGCUCCUAGUUUUUUCUGCAUUUUAAUGCAUUUUUAAUAGCAUUUUUUUGCUGUUUACCUGCAGAUGUUACAAAACACAUAAUAUAUUUUUGUAGCAAAUUUUCUGGUUAUUGGGUAACUGUCCUCUGCUAUGUACAGUACUUACAAAGGUGGCAAUCUUAUAGAUUGCAGCUGUAUUUAUCUCUUGUAAAGACUUCAGAAGGGCAGAGCUAAAAUGUUUUGAUAAAAGUGGCAUUUCUUACCUUUUUUUUGCUAGUAGUUUACUCCUUUUUAUGUGAAAUACUAACUUUAAAGUAAAUCUUUGUCAUUUUCAGAAGAUGGAUUUAAAGUGUGUGAACCUUUCGGCUGAAAAUUUUACUUCUUUUUUAAAACUACAACUGGAGAUGGUUGCAUAUUCAACCAUGUCUUCAAAAAUAUCCAGGAAGUGCAGAGCACUAUCGGAAGUAUAAGUGAUUUUAACGUACUGUGAGAAGUGAAUGAUUUAAUGUUAGUUUGAAUAUACAGGGAAUAUUUUCAGUAGAAGAUUUUUUUCAAUUUGUAGAGCCUGUCUUGAAACUUAAAAUAUUUGUAGGUCUUGAAUUCAAUUAGCUACAUGUUGUAGAGAUGAGUGUUCACGGAAGAGCUCAGUGAUCUUACAGCCUUAUUGCAAUUUCAAACUCAGCUAGGAGGUAAGUAUGUUUGAAAUUUUCCUCUAGUUGAGCACAACGCUGUAGUACGGUAAUCAAAAUUUGAUGAUUUUAUGAAAGCAAUGUUCAUAGUUAUAAACACUUAAGUGGCCCAGGUGCUAGACUAUCCAAAAGAGAAUGUGGUGUUGUCUUAAAAAAAAAAAAAAAAAAAGUUAGGUAAAAUAAGUAAAACGGGCCCUCUUAUUCC